CGUGUAGUGUGGGGGUUGAUGGCUUAAACCCUAGUAGACGAAGCCGCUUCUUCCAGACCCUUCUCUUUCUUUUCAUAAACCCCACGCACACUCUCUCCAUUUAAAACUUUGCCUUUGCACUAGCUGCUCCAUUCCUGCAUUUUCUUUACUGUCUAUCUUCAUUUUUCAUAUUCGCAUCAUGUAUCGCUUUGCUUCUAGCCUCGCCUCCAAAGCAAGGAUUGCUAGGAGUGGCAGCAAACAGCUUGGGAGUACGUUGAGCUGGAGCCGAAAUUAUGCGGCUAAGGACAUUAAAUUUGGUGUGGAGGCUCGGGCUCUGAUGCUUAAGGGUGUUGAAGAGCUUGCAGAUGCUGUCAAAGUAACCAUGGGUCCCAAGGGGCGUAAUGUGGUUAUUGAGCAAAGUUUUGGUGGCCCUAAAGUAACUAAAGAUGGAGUAACUGUUGCAAAGAGCAUUGAAUUCAAGGAUAAAGUUAAGAAUGUUGGCGCCAGUCUCGUAAAGCAGGUUGCUAAUGCUACUAAUGAUGUGGCUGGUGAUGGAACCACAUGUGCCACGGUCCUUACAAGAGCCAUAUUUACUGAAGGCUGCAAAUCAGUUGCAGCUGGAAUGAAUGCAAUGGACCUGAGGCGUGGUAUAAGUAUGGCUGUUGACACUGUUGUAACAAACUUGAAAAGCAGAGCUCGGAUGAUUAGCACAUCUGAAGAAAUAGCACAGGUUGGGACAAUAUCUGCUAAUGGAGAGCGAGAAAUUGGUGAGCUGAUUGCCAAAGCUAUGGAGAAAGUUGGCAAAGAGGGAGUCAUCACAAUUUCAGAUGGCAAAACUUUAUAUAAUGAGUUGGAGGUUGUUGAAGGAAUGAAGCUUGACAGGGGCUACAUAUCUCCUUAUUUUAUAACAAAUGAUAAGAACCAGAAAUGUGAACUUGAGGAUCCUCUCAUUCUAAUCCAUGAGAAGAAAAUCUCAAGUAUAAAUGCUGUAGUUAAAGUUUUAGAGUUAGCUUUGAAGAGACAAAGACCAUUGUUAAUUGUUGCUGAAGAUGUUGAAAGUGAUGCACUUGCAACACUUAUUCUAAAUAAGCUUCGUGCUGGAAUUAAGGUAUGCGCUAUUAAAGCCCCUGGUUUUGGUGAAAAUAGGAAGUCCGCUCUUCAAGAUCUUGCAGUUCUAACAGGAGGAGCACUUAUCACUGAAGAACUUGGCUUGAAGCUUGAAAAAGUGGACUUGGAUAUGCUUGGCACUUGCAAAAGAAUAACAAUUUCUAAGGAUGACACUGUCAUUCUUGAUGGAGCUGGUGACAAGAAAUCAAUUGAGGAAAGAUGCGAACAGAUUAGGUCAGCAAUUGAAAAUAGCACCUCAGAUUAUGACAAGGAAAAGUUACAGGAAAGAUUGGCCAAGCUUUCUGGUGGUGUUGCAGUGCUCAAGAUUGGAGGAGCCAGCGAAGCCGAAGUUGGUGAAAAGAAGGAUAGGGUGACAGAUGCCUUGAAUGCAACUAAGGCUGCUGUUGAAGAGGGCAUAGUACCUGGUGGUGGUGUUGCUCUUCUAUAUGCAUCAAAAGAGUUGGAUAAACUUCAAACUGCUAACUUUGAUCAGAAGAUUGGUGUCCAGAUUAUCCAAAACGCUUUAAAGACACCUGUGCUCACAAUUGCAUCAAAUGCGGGAGUUGAGGGUGCGGUUGUUGUUGGCAAACUAUUGGAACAAGACGAUCAUGAUCUAGGAUAUGAUGCUGCCAAGGGUGAGUAUGUGGAUAUGGUUAAAUCCGGAAUCAUUGACCCAUUGAAGGUGAUUAGGACAGCCCUGGUUGAUGCAGCAAGUGUAUCAUCUUUGAUGACAACCACUGAAGCUGUCGUGUCUGAACUUCCUAAGGAUGAUAAAGAUACUCCUGCUAUGGCUGGUGGAAUGGGUGGCAUGGAUUAUUAACCGGCUUCGAUUGAUUUGAUUGCACCUCAAGACAAGAAUUGGUGCUGAACCCACACUUACAACCUUUUUUAGUUGAAUUAUUUGUGAAGGCAUCACUGUAAUCAUAGUGAGAGAACGAGAUGUAGGUAAGAAAAGUUAACUACAAUAAUUCAAAUUAUAAGACAUUUGGAACAAUUUUUACCCCCUAAA